AUGGAAAAUGCACCAAGUAAUUCUUCCUUUGACUUGAGAGCCGUAUUGGAGUUUGGACUGCAUGUAUUGGAGAAUGUUGAGCCACCCAUGAUUGAUGGGGAUCAUCCAAGCAAUGCUACAGCUUUUUCAAAAGCUAAUGUCUCUUUAGCUCCUAUUGGAAUUCUGCGAGGAUGGGCUCUGCUGGCAUUAGCAGCAAGUGGAAAAACGCGAUCAACUCUUGAAAAAGGAUUGAGGAAAGUGUUGCAAUCAAGAGAAGAUAUUCACGACGUUCUGUAUUCAAUAGCAGAUACUAGUAACGAAAUCAUUCGUCUGUAUGGAGAUUUUCCUCGAGAUUCAAUACCUGUCAGAUCUCUCAUGGAAAAAAUGAAACAAUAUUAUGGCGAGAAGCCUGGUGUAAACCCAUUGAGACGAAUGUGUUUUAAUUGUGAUCAUGAUGGUAUGAGGUCUAUAUAUGAGAUUAAUCAUGAUUUCGCUGUUUCUUCUGCUAAUCGUCUUCGUUAUGUAGUACGAGAAGAGGAUGCUCCUUGUCGACGAGCUAUAACAGCUUUAGUUUCUGCUUCUGACUACACCUUCUACUGGAAACACAAUGGUUCCCCCAUUGAACCACGUCUUCAUUACUUUUAUAGCUCAACAGAGAAGAAAACCAAAGGACGAUCAGUCGUUCAUGCGUGGACUAUUCGUGAUGAAUUUCGCACCAUGGCGAUAGAUAACUUAACUGCCGUGCAGUUAGAUUCUUUCAGCAACACCAAAUUCCUUUACCUAAUCAAGUCUUCUAACUCUUCAGCUCCGACAGCCGAUCAACUUUUACAUAUUUUGAAAAAGCUACCUAAAGAAGGAAAGACAAAUACAUCCAUUUGCUUUCCACGCUUCACAGUGGCCACUCCUAUUCAAUUGAGGGAAUGUUUCCGAGAAAAGGGUUCCUAUGGUUUCAACCGAGUUUUUGAUAGAGAAAAGUCUGUUCUUACUGGAUUUCUCACCCACUUUCAUCCUUACUACCCCACAUUAACAACUCUGUGGGACUUUUAUCACAAAUCUUUGAUAACGAUAGUUGAUGGUCAAGACAGCGUCUCUGCUACAGCACAGCCUUUGAGACUACAAGUUGGUUUUGAAUCGCGUCUUCGUUAUGAGUUGUCCCCUUGGAACUUCAACACAGGUAUCGUUGAUGCUUUACUUAAACUUAUUAUGACAAGUAUUCAUAUAGAUUACGCGGCACAGUGCAAGAAAUAUCAUGAAGAACGAUUACCUGGUUAUAUAGAUAGUUCUUGUCCAGCAGAAGGCAUCGUAUUUGAUCAUCCCUUCUAUUUCAUGAUAGUUGAAUAUGGAUCUUCAACACCUUCUGUACAGUGUUUGGGUUUUUUUGUGCGGUUAAAAGCACUCGCGAUAGUCCUAAACUUUGCUAAGCAGAAUUGUAGGACAACUAUAACCCAGUGGUCGCCUCGUUCUCCAGGCGAUAUACUUGCUAAAUCUUUUACUGACGCUUUUUAUUCUUCUAUUCGACCCUCAAUUACUUUGGUAGAAAAUAUAUUACUUACAAAGGUUCCCGAAAUGUUCAAUAUAGGCCAAAAUGACUUUUUAACUGCUGCUCGUUUGGCUUCACUUGAAGAUGAUGCUAUGCUAUGUUCACAGGCAGAAACUCCAGAAUGGGUUUCUGGACCUAGGGACUUCGCAUCACUGCAUAAAAUUAUUGAGACAGCUUCAAGUUCUGAGAAAGGAGCAGCAGCUUUUUUCAGUGAGUAUGCUUUCGGUGAAAUUCUCAAAAUUAUUGAGCGGUUAGAACCCAUCGAAGAAGAUCACUUCUCUGCUCUUGAGACUGCUUAUGAGUCUAUUUUUUUUUGGUUAGAUCGCAUAGGUUAUGAUGAAGCUCAACCUGGCAUGAUAUUAGAUGCUAUUCCAUUUUUGAUUGAACGUUCAUGCAAGCAUGAAAGGUUCAAAUAUGCAAUUACAAUACUGAAAGAUUUUCUACGUUUAUGUCUGCAGCGCUCAGAUCCGGUACUCUGUCGUAUAAUUUCACAAGAUGAAAUAAAGGAUAAGAAAUGGAUCUACGACAAUUUCAUCUGGCGGUACUCGCGACUACUGACGCAGCAAAUUCUACAUGUUCGAAAAGUAGCGAUUUCAAUAAUUGGACAUGUUUCACGAAUGUUUGGAACAAGGUUUACAGACAUGUUCUCCGUGCCUCAUCUCCUUGCAUUAUGUGAUGAUUCUAAUUGGGGAGUACGGAAGACAGUAUGUGAAAACUUCGUGGAGGUUUCAAAGUACUGCCGUAGGCAAACGCGUGAAAAAGUAUUGGCUCCCAAGUUUAUAACUUUACUUCGGGAUCCUAGUAGAUGGGUUUGUUUCGCCGCUUUUCAAGAGUUAGGACCAUUCAUUUCAACAUUUGCUAACCCUCAUGUCACAGGCAUGAAGUUAAUGGAUGGAAAAGUUCUUGUAUGUGGGGAAGAACGAGACAUCUCGGAAAUACCGGAGAAUCUUUGGGAUUCUCCUAUUUCAGACAAAACGUUCUCAUACCUUCCUCCAGGAGCACUGCUCCCUAAUGAUAUACUGGAUGAUCAGAUGAGCUCUGAUGAAACACCUUCACCAACAGAUAAUUUAACUAGAGUUGUUGAUGGUCUUCAAGAUAUGAUGGAUGCUUGGGCUACCUCGAGCUCAAGGAAAUACGCGCACGAUGCUCCUACCUUGAACAAAAAAUCUGAUCCUUGCUCUAGUAUAGCUGCGAAAUGUAAUUCAGUGGAAGAUCUUUCGAAUAUUGGAUUGGAUGAUGGUACCGUGGUUGACAUGUCUAUGGAUAGUGAUGAAGAAGGAGAUGUGGAAACUAUCCAAGCUAUGGAUAUUACUGUUAUCGACUACGACGACAGAAGAAUGAACAAGAGCAGUGAAGAUGAUCUGAACAGUUCGAACUCAUCUACCCAUUCUCAAGAUAAUUAUAAUCAACUAAUGUACUGGUCGAACGAUGUAGACGACAUAGAUAUUGAUCUAGAAUUACAACCAUUCGGAGCAUCUAGUGAUGAAGACAAAUCAGUCAGUUACCUUGAUAGAAGAUUUGAUAUACUCGCCAUACACACAAAAUCAUCAGACUCUUUCAAAAAAGAAACUAAAAACGACUCUCUACUUCACAGUCCAAAGCAGUCAACAUUCUCAUUUGAAAGUGAUGAUCAAGAUAUGGAAAUCUUCAAAGAUGUGCGAGGAACGGAUGAAGAUGAUGACGAUGAAGAUGUUAUGGAUGAUGAGAAUGAAGAAAAAGAUUCCGUUCACACUCGGAGACUCGUUCCCAAGGCGUUGAUUGAGAGCUAUAUGUCGAUGACUUCUACAAGUGGUACGAAUGAGGGAGAUAUCAAUAGAUAUUGUGCUCAUAACUUCCCUGCGGUGGCCUUCACUCUUGGACGGUCAAGUUGGUCUCAAAUCAGAAGCACUUACGUUCAAUUAGCGGGAGAUGACCAGCUACGAGUUCGUUUGUCCAUUGCCAGCUCUUUACACGAAAUGGCUGUUAUUAUUGGUUCUUCCAAAACCGAAUCUGAUCUUCUGCCUAUUUUCAAUAGUUUGAGAUCGGAUUUACCGGAAGUACGAGUUGGUGUUCUGAAGAACUUGUUCCAGUUUGUGAAAUGUUUGUCUCCAAAAAGUCAGCUGAAAAUGGUAGAAAUUCUUCCUUCUUUCAUGCCCAUAGACAACAAUGCUAUGAAUUCUAAUUGGAGGUAUCGUUUGGAGUUUGCUCUGCAAUGUCAACAGCUUUGUGAUAUAUACAGUCUAGAAGAUAUCAAUAGAACAAUGACAGCGAUAGCAUUAACUUUGGCUAAUGAUCGUGUUGCUGAAGUUCGAUUAGAAGCUGUAGAACUUGUCUCUAUCGUUUUGGCUCGUAUUCUCAAAGGCGAGUGGAAUAAUAUGGAAAGUGCUGAAGAAUCCACCGAUAAUAAACCUCUGGCGCCGUUGAGCGAACGUUUAGUUCAAGAUAUUGUUUCGGGCUUCGCCAAAACUCAAAAGUGGACUAGGCGGCAAACAUUUGUCAAUCUUUGUGAGAGAUGUUUGAGACGAAACGCUAUGGAUGAGGAACAGUUCCGCUAUUUCUUUUUACCUCAUGUAUCUGCUAUGGCUUUCGAUAAAGUAGCGAAUGUCCGUUUAGGAGUUUGCAGAGUUUUAGGGCUUCUGAACCCUGAACUCAAGCCUGCUCCUUUAGGGAAUGAGCAAACUUUAUCGGUUAAAGAGAUUCUAAACCGCCUAGUUGGUGAUUCUGAUAUGGAUGUUUCACGAGAAGCGAGAAUAGCUAUGCGUUUACCUCCCUUAACUGAUUAUAUCGAUGUGAGGGAUCGCCAUAAGAGACUGCAGGAACGGGAAGAUGCAAUGAUCGUCAGUCACACUAUGGAAAAGGACAAUUAUUCCCAUUGUGAUAUGAGCAUUUCCCCUCAAAAAGACUUGGUUUGA